UGUCAUCGUGGGCUUUAACAUCUGCGCAUGCGCGUCAAUAACUCCUUCGCUUCUCUGGUGCAAAAAGAAGCUACAGACGAUGAUGAAGACGCUACACGUCUUUUUGGCCCUAGCGCUCCUCGCCCUGGGCUCAGGAGAAGAAGGUGCCCGUUUGCUGGCGUCCAAGUCCCUGCUCAACCGUUACGCCGUUGAAGGACGAGACCUGACCCUGCAGUACAAUAUUUACAACGUGGGAUCCAGUGCCGCUCUUGAGGUGGAGCUGUCGGAUGAUUCUUUCCCUCCCGAGGACUUUGGAAUCGUCUCGGGAUUGCUGAACGUGAAAUGGGACAGGAUUGCACCAGCCAGCAACGUGUCCCACACUGUUGUGCUUCGUCCUCUGAAGGCCGGCUACUUUAACUUCACGUCUGCUUCGGUUAGCUAUUUGGCUCAGGAGGGUGGACAAGUUGUGGUGGGCUACACCAGCGCCCCCGGUCAGGGAGGCAUCCUGGCUCAGAGGGAGUUUGACCGCCGCUUUUCCCCGCAUUAUCUGGACUGGGCUGCUUUCGGUGUAAUGACCCUCCCUUCCAUCGGAAUCCCGCUCCUGCUCUGGUAUUCCAGUAAGAAGAAGUACGACCCGCCCAAGCCUAAAAAGAACUAAAGGGGGAAAUGCACCUUUUUUUUUAGUAAUUCAGACUGCAGGGUGGGAGGGUCUGUAAAGGGUUAAGUGGGUACAGGAAGUCUGAGAAGCUUAAUAACCCAUAUUGGGGGGUUGAAAGGUGUGUCAGUGAUUAAAAGUCUGCAGGAAGAUGCCAACAGCAGGUAUACGAGAACAAUUACAGUGGCAAUUAUUGCUGUUUGUAACUGUAACAAGCUCCGUUUUUAAGUUGUGAGACUUCAAUAUCAAUAAAAACAAGAUUUUUUUUUUUUAACAAAACAUGGAUC